GCAGACGGAGCUGAAAGCAUCACUGGAAGACAAGAUGUUCACACAGAGACAGAUGGAGACGCUUUUCCUCUCGGCAGUGGCCGUGCUGCUUCUCCUGUCCACGGCGGGACAGUCUGCGGUUCUGACCACAGCGUCUCCUCCUCCCGCCACUUCAUCUCCCACCACACAGAUCAACAACAGCAGUUCAGAAGGACCUUACGUCCUGCGAUCUCACGUAUCCUGCGGAAGCGAGCACGACGCAUUCUGUGCGAACGGCGGCACGUGCAUCUACCCCCAAGACAGCGAGAAGCCCUCCUGCAUCUGCGUACCUCCGUACGGCGGCGAGCGCUGCAUGCUCUUCACCGACUCGGUCAGCUCGCUGCCCGAGGGGGACGUGAUCGGCAUCACCGUCGGGAUCACCAUGCUGGUCAUUCUCCUGGCCAUUACUAUUUACUGCUGUGCCUCCAAGAGGUGCGUGAAAUCAACACCGCUGAUAAAAUCUGCACCGUCUGAGACUUCAGUGUGACCCUGUUCCUAGUCCUCAUCUUCAUCGUCAUCAUCAACAAACUCUAAUAAUUUAACUUGACAUCCCUUCAACAUGAAUCUGAAUGUUUAGAAAUCUACAUUCUUGGUAGUUUUUAAAUUGUUUCUCCAUUGAAUCCUUUUGGUUUGACCCCAUUCAAAGAAACACUGGACCUUAUGGAAGUCUGAAUGCUGGUUCCGCUCCCUUCACUUCGUUCCAUUGACAUUUCAUAAACAGGGUUGGAGGAGUAAACAGUGUAAAUAUUUAUUUUAAUAUUAAGAUAUUUAAGUUAUUUCUGUAAUUGAUUUAUUUAAAAUUUUGUAAUAAAUUGAUGGAAAAAAAAUG